AAGACUGUGAGUCAAAACGAAAAGAUGUCCACACCAUAGUGGUAGAGAGUUGUCCUGCUCCUGCUCAUUCUACUGACCUUCACAGCACGACCACCUCCAGACACACUUUAUCACACGAUCAAAAUGAGACUUGCUCUUGCGUCUGCGUCUCCAGCAUCUCAGCUGUCAAGAAGUGCCUGCAGUCGUGGUCUCUUCACCACCUCAAACGCAAGACGAGGUCCACCAAUGCGAGUGGCAGCUUCAGAGGCAGCAAAAAGACUAUCAACGAGCCUCCAUAAAGAUUGGACCGUCAUUGAAGAAGCAAGUUCAGGCAAACCGGAUCGAAUUCAGCGGACAGUACAAUUCGGAAAUUUUUGCGAAGCGUGGAGUUUAUGAAGAUUUUGGAACAUUUAUAAAAAUAUGUUGGGAUAGUCAUGUCUUACCACACCUGUUCGUUGUCUAGGAAACGACCUCGCAGCACACAGUCAGCACUAUAGAGUGCGCGUUGGACACCAAAGAGUGAUUGAGUAAGGCGUUAAGUCAUGUACUAUAGAGUCUAUGACAGAUACAGAAACAGAACACUGCCUGAUAAUCCACUUCAAUCGCAGUUAUUAGCUUGAAAUCUUGCGUGAGUUAUCAUCGUGACGAACAACUACGACGCCCUUAUGCCAUAAUAUGUUAGUCUGCGCUGAACUUUGUGCGAGUUUUAUUGUAUCUAUUGUACAACUUUCAUUUCCCUUUAUGUCGCGCAUCGCACUACACGCGGACCCUUUAUGUCCCGCAUCCUCGCACUACACGCGGAAAAGAUAAUCCACAACUUGCCUUACUUUCAUUUCCAUUUAUGUCCCGUGUCGCACUACACGCAGAAAAAGCCGAUCAUCAUCCGGAAUGGUUCAAUGUCUACAAUCGUGUUGAGAUAGAAUUGUCAACGCACGAUUGUGGAGGCAUAUCCGAAAAAGACUUUGCUUUAGCAGAGCAUAUUGACGUUGCUGCUGCAGGAAGAGGUGGGGUCGUGGGGAAAUAGGUGUACUAGUAGAGCUAGACAUCGAUGGCACCCCUGGCAGAAAGACUGGUGCUAUGCACAUGAAUGAUAGCGUGUUUACUUAUGUUUUUGUAUAGUCGUGUUCGUGUAUCAAAUUGUUCUUGAACCGGCAAUUUAUCAUGAGACAGUGAUGCAACUGCAGGCCCCCUUUAUUUCUGAAAUUUUGUAAAACCUGGAACACUGAAUAUGAGAAAAAGAAGACCGAUUGGCACAUCCAGCUGCUGCUGUAUGACUCCAGGCAUAACAAUAGAGGA